AUGGUAUUUGACGUCGUCGAUAUGACCAUGGCCGUCGAGAAUCUUAGCAUCCGAACCGCCUUUUCAGCAACGCCCUCGCGUAAUCACAAAAACUCCGGCGAGAUCUCAGCCUUCUUCGUUAGGAUCCCGCGACUCCUGCACCGGUGCGUCCCUCACCUAAUUCGGGACGAAGACAGCACGGCGGGAAGCCCCUCCGCUAAUCGAGUUAAGGGUUGCGAUAGACGAAAAGUCGGCACGCUGCCACGCGCUCGACCGAUCGAUCGUAGACGAAGCCCC